AUGCCCUACCAUCUCAGCCUAGCCAAGUCCAUUCGGAAGCUUAUGCUAUCCACUCGGCUUGGAAAUGGCACAGUACGUGCCCGUUCUCUCCAUGGAACAGAGCCCAACCUCACUAUCACCAUGGAAGAUACCUACGAUUACAGAAUUGGAGGCACGGACUUCGAUCCUGAAAAGAACUAUGCCAAAAUGGCGCCAUUUGGUAACCAAGUCCCUGAAAACUGUGUUCUGAAUCUUCACGAUUCCAACAUGAUUUCACGAGCGAGAAGUAAUUUCAAUGUGACAUCUAAACUUUGUACAGCGGCUUUCCGUGAUGAGGAUGUACCCGAGGAGAUUGGGGAAUCCGAAGAGAAAUUUCUCGAACGGAAACAAGCUCUCUUAUGCAACUCACCUGCCGAUGUUACAAUCACAUCCAUUCUCCAGAGUUGCCGAGAGACAAUCCAGCAUGCCAAAGCGGUAUCAUUCCUGAUUCAACAAUUGUGCAUCAUCGGCAAGGACCUCAGCGAAUAG